UUGUAAACUACUUUGCAUAUAAGUUGUUUUCAUGAAAAGGUCACCGCAAUCUGUACGAGGCCUUUUAGUUGUUAUUACAAAUAUGCAUGAUUUAUUCGGGACUUUUAAUGUGCUUUAAUUAAGGUAAAAGAUGUCUGCAGCGCCCAAACCUAAAGUCCUUUUGCGCGCCAAAUCUCUCGUGGAGCCCGAUGUACACAAUCCGUUCUCUUUCAAGUUAAAGCUCACACUCUGCGACAAACUCAAGGUUGCAAUUCUUAGUGUAACACUGUUUCCAGUCAGGCUCCUGUGCUUGUUUUUUCUCCUCAUUGUGGCCAGUGUGAUAGGAAAACUGACUACCCUGUGUAUGAAGAAAGAAGAAGAACCAGAACCACUGUCAGGAUACAGAAGGAUCAUGAGAAAGCCACUUCGAGGUAUUGCACGGGCAAUGUUAUUCUGCAUGGGUUUUCACUGGGUUAAAGUCAAAGGCAAACUGAGCAGUUCAGAGGAAGCUCCAAUAUUAACUGUGGCUCCACAUUCAUCAUUUAUUGAUGCCUUGGCAUUGAGUGUUAUUUGCUUACCUUCAGGAGUUUCCAGGAAGGAAAAUGAUUCAAUACCUCUUGUAGGGGGAUGCAUACGUGCAUUACAACCUGUGUAUGUAUCAAGAACAGAUCCAAAUUCCCGAAAGAAGACAAUCUCUGAAAUCAAAAGAAGAGCCAGUUCUGGUGGAAAAUGGCCUCAUGUGGUGAUAUUUCCAGAAGGAACCUGUACUAAUAGGAAAUGCCUGAUCACUUUUAAACCAGGAGCAUUUUAUACAGGUGUCCCAGUUCAAGCUGUGGCAUUAAAAUAUCCCAACAGACUGGACACUGUGACAUGGACAUGGUCUGGCCCAAGUGGACUAACUCUUCUUUGGUUAACACUGUGCCAGUUUCAUAAUUACUUGGAAAUUGAGAUUCUGCCAGUUUACAAGCCUGAUACAGAAGAAAUCCAUGAUGGAAAACUUUAUGCAAGGAAUGUUCGGGAACAAGUAGCAAGAUUUCUUAAUGUUCCUGUCACUGAACACACCUAUGAAGACACAAGACUAAUGGUACAGGCCUCCCAGCAGAACCAACCAUCCAUGACAGGCUUGGUAGAAUAUCAGAAGAUAAGCAGCAAACUCAGCAUGAAGAUGGAUACCAUGAAGGAGCUGUUGGAUAAAUUUGCAGAAAUAGACGCUAAUAGAGACGGUUUGGUUGAUAUAAACGAGUUUGCCAAAUAUCUUAGCCUGCCUGUCACUAGUCAUGUGAAACAUCUCUUCACACUCUAUGACAGGGAUGAUUCAGGUUUCAUAAACUUUCGGGAAUAUCUUAUUGGCUUGGCUCUUGUGUCGCAACCAGCGAACAGUGAAGAGGCUAUGAAGCUAGCUUUUCAGGUUUUUGAUAUGAACGGUGAUGGGCGAGUGGAUGAAGCAGAACUACGUCAUAUUCUUCAGAGUGCCUACCCUUCCAUCACAGACCUGAACAUAAACUGUUUGUUUAAUCAGGUGGAUGUGAACCACAGUGGAUCCGUCACGUUUGAGGAAUUUCGGGAUUUCACCUUGUUGCACCCAGAGUAUGCCUUUCUCUUUACCCAUUACACGAAGGAACAAACAGAGAUAACGGGAGAGAGCAGUCACUCAGAUCAUGAACAUCCACAAACAGCAGCCAAGGCUUGAGAAACGCACAUAAGGAGAUAAAAAUCCAUUGCGUCUCUUGCCAAGAUAGUAAAAUACAGCCUUAAUUAUCUCUUCUUGGGGUUCCACACGUUAGGGACUGGGUUAUUACCACUUUUUAUGACUUUGAUAUUAUUCAACGAUUAUUAAAGGAUAUUAACGGCUUCUUAAUAGGCCAUUUCCGAAUUAAGGUGCUGAACCACUCGUAUGAAAAUCA